AUGCUCGAGUCCUGUUUUGACUCGCUGCGCUGCCAAGAUAUCCGCUUUCGCCGCUCGCUGCGUUGCCAUGCCACCAAGCCAGGGCUAGAGCGCCUCCCCGCAGGCGCAGCCGCCUCGACUCCCGGACCAUCUGCCGGCUCCAACCUGCCGUACAGCGACGAAACCACUCGAGCACUGCGCGCCGCCAAGGAACAGGCUGUACGGCAGGGCUGCAUGUUCGCCGGCCCCGAUCAGCUCCUUCUAGGCAUCCUGGCGGCCGCCGGAGGGGGCACAUCCUCCGCCAGCUCGGCGGCGGCGCUGCUGGUAGCGUCACUCGGCGGCAGCGACGUCGACUCGGUGCGGGAGUGGCUGAAUGAACAGACGGGGCUAGUAGCGCCCAUGGUGUACGGCGGCAGCGGCGGCGGCCGUGGCGGCGGCGUGAGUAGCUCCCGUCUGCGUCCGUCCGAUGUGGAGUUCACUGCUGGUGCCCGUAAGGCCCUCAGCCAGGCGCAGGGGGCCGCGGAGGCGAUGGGCAGUCGCUCUGUGGGCACCUACCACAUGCUGCUGGUGCUCACGGGCGGGGGGGACGGUAAUCCGGAGACCGCCACCCACAGCCACAGCCACCACCAGAAGCAGGACGAGGGGGAGGAGGACGACAACGGAAACUCGGGCGGGAGGGAUCUGGCAGCUGAUGGGUUUCGGAGCAAUCGGAAGGAGGGAGAGGAAGCGGAGCGGGUGCGGACGGUUGAGGAGCCCGCGGCGGGCUCUGCCCCAAGCCAGCCACCAGAGGCCACCCAAGCCACCUCAAGUCGACCUCCAUCCUCGCCGGCGGAGGAUCAGGAAGCGGCGGGUGCGGAAGAGGGGGGUGACGGCAGCAGCGGAGGCCCAGCAGGCGGCGGGCGGGGGCGUCCGGGGCCCCCCCUGGUGCUGGGGCUGCUGCCGGCGCUGCUCCACGCUGUGGGUGCUGACGUGGCGGUGUUACGUAAUCAGCGACGCAUCCAAAUCAGCGAGUUGCGGAAGGAGGUCAAGGGACAGGGAGGCAAGCUGCUGGCUCUGUGCGAGGGAGAUGCGGAGGCCCCCUGUUCCCCGGGUUCGGCUGCGGUGUCGUACCGGGAGGUGGUGGCCCACCUGCGGGAGACGUACAAGCGGCAGGCGGCACUGCCGUACCACCAGCGGGAUGAGGCGGCCUUUCGGAGAGCGACUUCCCAGAGCGGUAACUUUAAUCGUGAUGCGGCGGCGGCGGCGGCGGCGGAUGAUGAUGAGGAGGAGGAGGACCCGUACGAAUGA